AUGUCCGGCCCGCCGUUCACGGUCAAGGCUCUUUUUGAAUACACUUCCGACCACGAGGAUGACCUCAAUUUCUCCAUCGGCCAGAUCAUAACUGUCACCGCGGAGGAGGAUGCGGAGUGGUAUUUCGGAGAGUAUACGGAUGAGUCGGGCGUCAAAAGAGACGGCAUUUUUCCCAAGAACUUUGUCGAGCGAUAUGAACCGCCCGCUCCUCCAAGGCCUACGCGCCCUAGUAGCCGCAGGAAGGAACCUGAGGUAGCUCCUCCUCCUCCUCCGGAACCUGUCGCGGAGACACCGGCGCCAGAAGACGAUCACGAGGCUGCUCCGGAGGUGCAAGCAGAACCUGCGGCGAGCGAAGAGGCCCCUUCGAACCAGAACGCGGCUUCUCCUGCUGCAGAGCCGGCUGCUCCCGAGCCAUCCUCACCACCGAAACAGACGGAGGCCCCGGCACCGGCACCGGCACCUGCGCCUGCGCCUGCUCCUGCUCCGGCGCCUGCACCGGCGGCCAAAAGCUCUCCUCCCGCAGUUGCCGGCAAGCCCAGCUCGAGCUCCUUCAAGGACCGGAUUGCUGCGUUCAACAAGGCUGCUGCGCCCCCAAUUGCGCCUCCCAAACCUGGCGGGCUGGGAGGCCCGUCAAAUGCCAACACCUUCAUCAAGAAGCCCUUCGUUGCGCCUCCGCCUAGUAAGAAUGCCUACGUGCCUCCGCCCAGAGAGCCUCCUCCCCGAAUUUAUCGCCGGGAGGAAGAUCCAGAGGUCACCAAUCGCGAGCCGCCCGUAUCCGAAAGCACGCCGGCUCCGUCUUCUGAGCAAGCAGACAACGAUGAUCAGCCCAAGCCCACCAGUCUGAAGGAGAGGAUUGCCCUGCUCCAGAAGCAGCAGUUGGAGCAGGCGGCGCGCAUGGCGGAGGCUGCUCAGAAGAAGGAGAAGCCAAAGAAGCCGCCAAAGAAACGGACAGAGUCGUCACAAGAGACUGCUGCUGCACCCGCCGCAGAAGGGGCCGAUCCGGCGGGGACAACGGAGACUGCUCGUCGCUCGCUAGAAGCGACGGAGGAAGACGAAUCGAGGCGUUCCCAGCUCGCAAGUCCUCCGCAGCCGUCCAGGGAACUUGUGAGUGAUACCAACGAUGCUGACUACUCAGGCGCUGGAGAUACGGAGGACGCCGAGGAAACUUCGACGGGUAAGGAGGAUCUGGAGGAGCGGCCCCCUCGGAGCUCGCAUUCGAAGAAGUCUGAAGCCCAAGGCGAGGAUGAACAGGAGGAAGAGGGCGAAGAGGAAGAAGAGGAAGAGGAAGAGGAGAUGGACCCUGAAAUUAAGCGGAGAAUGGAACUCCGUGAACGGAUGGCCAAGAUGAGUGGUGGUAUGGGCAUGAUGGGGAUGUUCGGUCCGCCUGGAGGGAUGCCGGGGAUGUUUGGACAGGGCGCUGCAACCAAGAAGCCCAAGAGCACUCAGGAAUCUCGAAGGAAGUCUUCUGAUGAACCCGAGAGGACUGCAGCUCCGGCACAUGCGCCCCCAGUGCCAGUGAUGGCCUUGCCGGGGAUGAACGUCCCAAAGCCUCCUGAACCGGCCUCUCCCCCCAAGGAGGUUGAGAAGGAAGGCGAGGGAGCUGAACCUACUCCGGUGACUCAGCUUCACUCUCCGAACGAGGUUCCGGAUGUUGAGGACGUGGCUGGUGAUGAACCUGCACCACGAUCUUCCACCGAGAGAGCUCCACCACCUCCACCGCCGCACGAACGCUCUGUUCCACCUCCGCCACCCCCAGAGAGUCGGCCCGCUCCGCCUCCAGUGCCUACAACACAGUCUGCGCCAGCUCCGCCAGCACCAGAAUCUCGUCCUGCUCCACCUCCACCUCCUCCAAAGACAUCCGGUUCCCUGAGCCCGGGCGAGGACUCGGACGAUGAGCUCUCCACUCAUACCAGGAAUAUGUCUUUGAACAAUACAAUGUCAGGGGGCAUCGCCGUUCCGCAAUCGCCUGAGCGUCCAGAUGUUCCGCCACCCCCUCGCCGUUCUUCUACCUACGAUACUGUUUCUCCGAAGUCCCCCACUCUCUCAGAAAAGAGAUUCAGUCGCGGCCCUCCCCCGAUCCCCGGGAAUCCACCGCAGCCAUCAUCACCACCACAGGCUCGACCACCCCCUCCGCCCCCUCCGGACUCAUCGAGUCGGCAAGGAACUUCUGAUAGCAAAGCCAGCGGUGCGGACGACGCGGAAGGUGAAGUUACUGAAUAUGACGGGGACUACGACACCGAUAUCGCGCCGGGAGCCAAGUAUAAAGAUGCACUGAAAGCUCACGAGCGCGAUUCUAGUCUUGACGAAGGCACUAUGACAGACGACGUGUCGCUGCAGUCUCCGCGAGGUCCUCCACCUGUUCCGCCAACCGCCCCGAGAGCGGUACCUCCACCUCCGCCAAGCCAGCCUCCCAGGAGUAACCGGAUGUCGAUGGAUGCUCCGAGAUCUGCACCUCCUCCUGUACCGCCACCUAAAGAGCAGUCUUUUGACGAUGAUGACGAGUAUGAUCCUUAUCGUUAUACUGCUCCUCGCCACGGCCUGCCCCCGCCGCCUCCACCACCAGCUCAAGCUCAGCCUGCUGAAGACAAGGAUGACGAGCCAUACGAUGCCUCCCCUGUGCAGGCUCAAUCCCAAGCGCCGCCUCGUCCGCCUUCCAGCGAUGUCCCAUCCGCACAUCGGCCGCGGGGUUCCGUAGACAUUUCUCGAAGUCAGGUCGGAUCUCGCCGGUCGAUGGAUAUGCCCCGUCCGUCUGCCGAUUUAGGGUUUAUCGCAAUGGAUGUUGAUCUUGGAGAAAACACCUUGUGGUGGACCCAGCCUAACACUCCUCCGCCUGUGUUCCAGAAUCGGAAAGACGUGCUGUACGAGAUCGAAGAGUCGACGUCGACGAGACGCGGUGGGAAGACCAUAGUGUCCAGAGAUGUGUAUGUACUCUUUGCGGACUACUCACAGACCGUCGUCACCGCUCGGUUCGACUCGAAGAACCCGAGCGACGUAUCGCUGGAGCAGCGGCACGAGCCUCCUCCGAACAAGCCGCGCCAGGACCAACUGGAGAAUGCGCACGCGCAAUUUGGAACCCAGAUCGCGGCUGCGGUCAACGGUAUCCAGAACACUACGGUUGCGGACGGGACUCCAUUCGGUCUUGUCCAGCACCUCCUGGAGCCGCUGACGGACGCGCUGGCCCCGGUGGGGACGCGUGCUUACGGCGCUCUGGUGUACGCCAAUCUUGCGAACGCGUCGGUGCUGCAGAAUGACGAGAUCCGGCCGGGAGAUAUAGUCAGCUUCCGCAAUGCGCGCUUCCAAGGGCACCGCGGAGGGCUGCACCAGAAAUACAACGCGGAGGUCGGCAAGCCGGACCACGUGGGCAUCGUGGCGGACUGGGACGGGACGAAGAAGAAGAUCCACGCGUGGGAACAGGGGCGCGAGAGCAAGAAGGUGAAGAUGGAGAGCUUCAAGCUGGGCGAUCUCAAGAGCGGCGAAUGCAAGGUGUGGCGCGUGAUGCCACGCAGCUGGGUUGGCUGGGAUAAUGGCAAGGAGUAA